AUGAUCGAAGAAGGCACUAGAAUAAUAAUGGCCGAUGGUCAAAUAAAGGAUAUCGCUGACGUAACAGUCAAUUCAUAUGUAAUGUGUGAAGAUGGUUCAUCAUCAAGGGUAACUUCCGUCUCCAAAGAUGUCCAAACUGUUUAUAAUGUCACUCAGCGUACGAGACACCGAGCAUAUGAGGGUGAACCGGGAAGAAUUGAUCCACUGCGCAGACAAAUUUAUCAAAGAUUGGAAAUUAAUUGUACGGCAACGCAUCGAUUGAAUUUAAGAACUUUGACCAAGCCAACCUUGGAAAAUUCAUUCAAGAGAAACCAUUACGUUGUGAAAUGGAAACGGAUGCAUAACGUAACAACUAUUGAUGGAAGAGUUAUUAGUAUUCCUAAAAUUCAUCAUAAAGAUUUUUUAAUGACUCCAGAGGGAGAGGUCGCGGCUAAAUUAUUUUUGACACAGUUGCAGGAAGAAUUUGGCCCACAAUUCAAUUAUAAUCUGGAACUUAGAGAUAUCGACUAUUUGAGCACACAAAUAUGUCAAACAACAAUGUUGCACUACACUCCAUUAUUGACUGGUAAUGGUAUAUUGUCCGAAUUUUUAACGGGCCAAAAACAUCUUAUUACACCAUACACAUUGAGUAUGGCAUGGCUUUUGGGACUUUGGCUAGGUGAUGGUACUACUAAAAAACCUGAAAUAUCUGUCGAUAGUAUUGAUACUAACCUGAUGCAUAGUUUAAUUCAAUUAGGUAGUUUAUGGGGAUUGGAUGCAGUAUAUAAGGAAUGCCCAGUACCACUUAGAGCCAAACAUGUUCGUUUAUAUUACGGUAAGGGAUCCCCAAAGGAAAGAAAAUUUAGGAAAGAUAAUAUAUUUUGGAAUAUCUUAUUGGAUUUAAGAUUCAAAAGAGAAGACGACGGUGUCAAACAAAUUCCUGAAUUUAUGUGGACAGAAGACGUAGAAAUUAGAGAAGCUCUCUUAGCUGGGCUAAUUGAUUCAGAUGGUUAUGUUAUGAAAACAACUCCAAAUUCAGAUAUUUUCAUAGUCAGUAUUCCAACAAUCUAUCCAUCAAUCAUGGAGGGUAUUGUCAACAUUGCUCGUUCGCUAGGUAUGACAGCUACCGUAACAACUAAGUCAGCUAAACAAAAUGUCAUUGAAAAUCGCCAAAUCCAAUGUAAAUUUGCUUACGAAUGUACAAUUUCGGGGAAGACGUCCUUACAGAAUGUUUUAUCCUACUGUCGUAGUGGUUUAAAACAUAGAGAACCACCCGAGGAAGUGAUAAGAAAUCCAGUCUAUUUCGGUUUCAAUAUUGAACCAAGUUCUCAAAAGAAUACUGUCGGUCUUGCCAUAGAGGAUAAUAAGCAAAUCUUGUUGGAAAACAAAAUCUGUAUCCCUGUCUGCACAAAGCAAUGUGAAAAGGAGCAGCCAAAACUAACGGUAACGAAGAAUUUAAAACAAUGUAUUGCGUGCCCAAGAAAGGGAGUGAGGUACUUUUAUAAAGACUGGACUGGGGAUCAUCGUGUCUGUGCAAGAUGUCACGGGCGCUAUAAAUUUAGUGGGCAUCGAUGCUUAAAUUGUAAAUAUGUACCAGAAGCUCGUGAAGUCCGAAAAGCGGUAGCAAAGGGGCCCAAAGCAAUAGUUUCACCAGAUGGCAUCGUGGUCAGAGGGCUAGAAUGUAUCAGAUGUAGUGGAAUCCUAGUAUUUGAUGAAAUUAGAGGUCCUAAAAAGAUAAACGCUUCUCCCAAUCCCAUUAUGGCUAUUUGA